AGUUUAUUGAAGUUUUAUUACCCCCUUACCAAUUAUGGCUCCUAAUAUGAUAUCAUCUAAUGUUGUUGAACAUGAUAAUGUGUUAUUGUCAUCAUCAUCUUCAGUAGAGAAAGCUAUAUUAAAUAAGUCUAUCUAUACUAAGGAUAUGUAUGCUCCAACUGAGAAGACUAGAACAUUUGUAGUGGAUUCCUUUCCCCUCCUAGGAAAGGUCGUAGCUUACAGGUUUAUAGAAUGGGUUAUUGCAAAUCCAGAAGGUGUCUGUGCAUUACCAACUGGUAAGACACCUGAAUAUUUUAUAAAGUGGACACAGAGGAUUGUCAAGGAAUGGGAUACUACUGAUAUCAAAGAGGAUCGUCGUAUGUACGGUUUGGAUGGAUAUGUAGCUCCACCCAGAUUUGAUAAACUAUGGUUUGUUAUGUUGGAUGAGUUUUACCCUAUGCAUCCGGAACACCAUAAUAGUUUCAAAUAUUAUGUAUCUAAUUAUUAUAUUAAUGGUCUUGGAUUUGAUCCUGAGAGGUGCCUCUAUAUAGACUUAUCCAAGUUAGGACUUCAUGAUAAAGAGACAUUAGAAGAUGUGUGGCCUGAUGGAUCGUUUGUUGAUCUCUCAUUACGUUUACGUACACCUACCACACCAUUAGAAGUUCGUCAACAAGAGAUGAUACGUCAAGUUGAUCAAUGGUGUCUUGAUUACGAAUCAAAGAUUCGUUCACUAGGAGGUAUCGGUUUUUUCCUGGGUGGUAUUGGUCCUGAUGGUCAUAUUGCCUUCAAUGUUUGUGGUAGUGAUCAUAGGAGUACAACUAGAUUAGCUCAACUUAACUAUCCAACUCAAGCUGCUGCAUCUGCUGAUCUUGGUGGUAUUGAUGCUGUUAAGGCUAAGUGUGCUAUCACUAUUGGUCUUGGUACUAUUACAUAUAACCCUGACUGUGUAUGUAUCCUUAUAGCAGCUGGUGAAGCUAAAGCACCUAUGGUGGCUAAUGGAGUUCAAGAGGAGACUAAUAUUAAAUAUCCUAGCCAUGCUAUUCGUGUAUUACCUAAUGCUGCAUUCUAUGUGACUAAAGGAGCUGCCAAGCUGCUAGUGGAAAGGAAUAUUGUUGAUUUAAAAGAAGCAUCUAAUGUUGGUAUUGAGGAUAUUGAGAAGAUACUUGUUGAUGUAUCUGUAUCAUCACGUAAACGCCUAGUCGAUCUUGAUACAGUUGAUGUGAAUAAGGAUCCUAUGGGAAAGGUUCUUAUGGAUCGUAUGGGAUGGUCUAAAGAGGAUCUCCAUGAUACUUGUAGGAUGGUUACAGAGCGUCUAAUAUCAAAGAUUGGUAAGGGUACUGAGACUCUUACUAAUACUACCUUCAUGCAUAUAGAACCACAUAAUGAUGAUAUUAUGUUGGGGUAUUUACCAAGUGUUAUUCGUCAGACUAGACCAACAUCUAACGAUCACUACUUUGUUUGUGCUACUUCUGGCUUUAACAGCGUAUCUAAUGCACAUAUUCGUAAAAUGAUUAGACGUGCUCGGAAGUUCAUUGCAAAGGAUAGCUUCAGAAAGCUCGUGGAGGAAGGAUACUUCCUACCUAAACCUGAUGGAACAUCAUCAAUUGGUUUUAUGAAUGUUGAUACCCCCUCAGAAGAGCAUUAUCAACUUGCUAGAUCUAGAGAUGUAUGGCAGUAUCUUGAUGGUGUCUCUAGUAGUCAUAAUAAAGAUGGUAAUGACGACGAGGAGAAGUCUGAAGGCAGUGCUAGAAGGUUUAUACGUAAUAUCAUUGAAAUAUAUGCAUUAUCGCAUUGUGAUGAUGAUGAUGAUUUACAUGAUCAAGUUGAGACUAAAUUGAAUGAACUGGAUGAAUACUUUGAUAAAGUGUAUCCUGGCCAACCUGAUGUCAAGGAUGUUCAGAUGCUUAAGGGUUGUUGUAGGGAGUUCGAAUCAGAAUGUGCUUGGGGUAGUCUCGGAUGGUUACCAACAAAUGUUGCUAAUUUGAGGUUGGGUUUCUAUACAUCUGACAUCUUUACACCAGAACCAACUCUUGAAAGGGAUUCCAAGCCAGUCCUCGAUGCUUUGCUAAAAGCUCAACCUGACAUAGUGACUGUAGCUUUCGAUCCUGAAGCCUCUGGUCCUGAUACACAUUAUAAGGUUCUUCAAGCCGUUACUGAAGCCUUAAAGAUGUAUCAGAGUACUAGACCUGAGAAACCUAUUAAGGUAUGGGGUUAUAGAAAUGUCUGGUAUCGUUUUGAUACGAGUGAGAUAACUCAUAUAGUACCAUCAUCAUUAUCAUCACUAGGCAGUCUUGACAGAAUGUUUAUGACUAAUUUUGAGAGUCAGACUGCUGCUGAGUUUCCUAGCUAUGAACUUGAUGGUCCAUUUUCGGAGUUAGCUGCUAGAAUCCAAGUUGAACAGUAUAAGAACCUAAAGAUAAGUCUUGGUAGGAAAUGGUUCCAAGAGCAUUCAAGUGCCUUGAUAAGAGCUACAAAAGGGUUGGUCUACUUCAAAGAGAUGAGUGUUCCAGAAUUAGAGAAGUAUAGUAGAGCUCUUCGUAGUCGUGCUGAACAAUAUUGAUUUAAUACAUCAUUCUUGCUUUACAACAACAACAACAACAACAACAACAACAACAAGAAGAAGCACAGAUCAUUUCCCAUUACAAUAAUCUGUUGUCAUUUUCACCCGUUUCUUGAAUACGGGUUACUUUGAUGAUCAUACGACGACCAAUAUCAUCAUCAUCAUCAUCAUCAUCAU